GCUGUUCCGCGGACCUGUGUUUGUGUGAGUGAGCUCGGUGAUACACUGACAGCUGAGCGAUACGAUGUAACAGCGACGCGGGAAUGGAAUAACCUACCGAUACACACGAGCACGAGAGCAGGCGUCGUGGAUUAGGCUUGGUGUUGAUUUGCUGAGGGCAGUCGUGAUUGUAACCCGCUGAUGUCGUUAGACGAGCGUUUCUCACGGGAGUGAUCUUCUCGCAGAUCGCAGCCCGGGUUUCAUCCCGUCAUCCGCAGCUGUAACGCCCAUCUUCUGCGACGGGGCUCCGUCGAUCAGUGCCGCUCGUUGAUCCGCACACACCGGGACUCAUGGGGAACAGCACGUCCUGCUGCGUGUCGUCCAGCCCGAAGCUCCGGAGGAAUGCGCACUCGAGGCUGGAGCCGUACCGGCCCGAACCGGAGCUGAGCCGCGAGGACACGGGCUGCAACCUGCAGCACAUCAGCGACAGAGAGAACAUCGACGAGCUCAACAUGGAGUACAAUCCUUCGGACCACCCGCGCGCCAGCACCAUCUUUCUCAGCAAGUCUCAGACAGACGUUCGGGAAAAACGGAAAAGCCUGUACGUCAACCAUCAACAUCCAUCUGGCCCAAUGAGACGCAAGUACAGCUCCUGUUCGACGAUCUUCCUGGAUGACAGCACCGUUAGCCAACCCAACCUCAAACACACUAUUAAAUGUGUUGCCCUCGCAAUAUACUACCACAUAAAGAACAGAAAUGUGGACGGGCGAAUGCUGUUAGACAUUUUUGAUGAAAAACUUCAUCCGCUUUCAAAAUCGGAGGUGCCGUCAGACUAUGACAAGCACGACCCAGAACAGAAACAGAUCUACAGAUUCCUUCGUACGCUCUUCAGUGCCGCCCAGCUCACGGCUGAGUGUGCCGUAGUUACUCUGGUGUAUCUGGAGAGAUUAUCAACAUAUGCAGAGAUUGACAUUUGUCCUGCUAACUGGAAGAGGAUUGUUUUGGGUGCUAUCCUGUUGGCAUCAAAAGUGUGGGAUGAUCAGGCUGUAUGGAAUGUUGACUACUGCCAGAUCCUCAAAGACAUCACCGUUGAAGACAUGAAUGAGCUGGAGCGACAGUUUCUGGAGCUGCUGCAGUUCAAUAUUAAUGUUCCAUCAAGCGUCUACGCCAAGUACUAUUUUGACUUGCGUUCACUUUCAGAGGCGAACAACCUCAACUUUCCCCUUGAGCCUCUCAGCAGAGACAAGGCCCAGAAACUUGAGGCGAUCUCCAGGCUUUGUGACGACAAAUAUAAAGACUUGAGAAAAGGAGCCAAGAAGCACUCAGUGAGUGCAGAUAACCUGACAGUGGUCAGAUGGUCCCCGGCCAUCAUAUCCUAAUAAUGGUGGACAUUGGGGACUUUCACGAGAGACUGAGAGAAAAAGACUGUCUGAAGAAGCGUUCUCUAAGAGGACACAUACGUGCUUAGUAACUCCACUAGACUCUUGAGCCAGAGGUUUUUGUUCGAAAGAGUUUCCUUGCUGGUCGUACGGCUGCUGUAUAUACAAAACAUCCACACAACGAUCACUUUCCAACCUGUGGCUUAGAGAAGAGAGGGGGACACUGCUACUGCAGUUCAGAGAAAAAUAAAACUGGAGUAUGUGAAUAUAAAUGAGGUAGAAAGAAGCCCAAUGACUGGAACAGCAUUCCAACAGCUCCGUGUCAUACGUGUUUGUUAUUCUAGGUGAGGACGUGUUCGUACUGUGUUAACUGAUCUCGUAUGGUUAAAACAAAUUCCACCUGGAUGCUCAAGGUUGUGUUGUAUCAAGAUCAAGAGCCAAAAUCAACCACUUCAUUCCUUAAAGUAUUUCUCUCCAAAUAGCUGUGAGCUGAUCAAACUAUAAAAUUACCACUGUUCUUACAUAGUUAUUUAACAUUUGAUCUCAUUAAGAUUUAUUUUAAAUUAAAGAUAUCCGUAAUGAUGGUUAAAAUUUGUCUAACAAUGCAAAUGAAUGGGAAUAUAUACAAUCUGGACCUCUUUAUUUAGUCUGAUUAUUUUAUUGUUUUGUUUUAUUGUGUUUAUUUCCUUCUAUUUGUUAUACUCAAAGGCAGUUUGCGCCAUUUAGUCUCAUCGUAGAAGAGUAAAGGAAGCUGACUUUGUAUUUUCAGAAGGAAAGUGGUGUGGAGGGUUUCCAUAUGAAGUGCUUGGGACUUUACUUUUGGAACACAAGAUUCAAUAAUUGAAUGUCUUGAAAUAAUUAGUUGCAAUUUAAAAUGUACAAUGUCGAAUUGACUAAAAUUGGAAGUUUCAAAACGGAAAUGAAAGGUUUUUCUUCUGUAAAGUCAACAAUGACAUUCCAUCUUCAGUGACCAUGAACGUGUUUAUUCUCGUCACCAUUUUUUAAUAACCUCAACAAACACCAGAUAUACACAUGCUGUGUCACUCAUUUCCAAUUCUCAAAGCAAUAAAAUGUGCGUUUUAUCUAUUCCGUACAAUACCCAUUAGAAAGAUUGGAGGUGAUAUUUAAUGAUGAUUAAAGGCUCCUUGGGAACUCUCAGAUAACAUUGCGCUAAAAUUGGUGCGUCAAAGUCAAAAUGCUUAUUAAAGUUGAGGCUCCAAGUGCCACUAUGAUACAAAUGUUCGGACUGAUUGCAGAGUUUUAUUUCUCAAUUAUGAUGUGUUACACAGGAGACUAAAUUGAAUUGGUGAGAAAGAGGAAUUCCUGCUGUAUCCACUGCCAUCACCUGCAGUGCCUGCAUUUAGCGGGAAAAUGACCUUAGAUGUAGAAUAUGAAAUUAAUCAUUUUAUUUUUCUCUUCUCAUUAAGACAGCAAAACAUGUUUUCGUACUGCUGUCAAACGAUGAAUCGCAUCAACAACAACAACAAAAAAUAUAUUAUUAUUAUUAUUAUAAAUAAUUUGUUCUGUGGAUAUUCAUUAUGCACACAUACAAUAUAUUUUGAAAAAAAUACAUGUAUUUCCAUGUCUAUAUUUAUAGUCAAAUUAUUUGUUAUAUCUAAAUACAUUUAAUUUUCUCUGAAAUAAAUUCAUGCAUUUGUGUGUGUUUAUAUAUUCAUUAUAAAUAUACACAGUGCACAUAUAAUGUAAACAAAAACUUAUUUUGAAUGUGAUUAAUUGUUUGAUAGCACUCGAUUUUAGACAGCAGAAUUAGAUUUAAAAUCAAUUCUUCCCAAUUCAAAGCAAGUGUUAUGUCAUCAGAUGUGUGUGUGAAAAUGAUUCCUUAUCUUAUCUGUUGAGAGGAACUGAGAAAUGUUCAUUUGUGAGACUUCACUCUGAAACACCUUGAAAAUUAGAACUUCCAAACGUCUUUUGUAUAUUGUACAUACUUAAAGAAAUUUAAUUAUGAUCUUCAGAUAUUUAUUUGUGACCAGUGUUUACUUUUGUUAAUUCCUUAAUUCUGGAUAAAAAACAAGAAAAAAUAUAAACAUGUCAGUUAUUUUAUCAGGAAUACGUACAUCUGUCAUUGAGGUGUUUUUUUUUUUUUUUUUUUUUUUUCUGUAAUCAGUUAUAUUUCCAGUUGAGUUUAACCUUUUUUUUUUUUUUUUUUUUUUUUGCAUCACAAAAGUGACAAAGCAAUUUAACAAUGUUUUGUUGAUAUGAAUGUAAUUCUGCAAUAGAUUUUUUUUUUUUUUUUUUUUACUUUAGCAGCAAUGAAAACAGCAAUUUAUUUUAUUAGUAAUUGCUUCACAUGGCAUCAAAAUUGCCAUUUUUUUUAAGCAGUAUGUGUUUAUUAUUUUAUUAAUUAUAGUCAUUUUUUUCUUCUAGGUAUUUUAUCUCCAAUGCCCAAAAGCGUCUUAAUAUUUUUACUUGAAAAGAAAAAAACUAACAAAAAAAUAGUUGUAUCUAAAUAUAGUGCACACUUUGUGUCUUUUGUAUAAAAUACAGUAAGAAGGCUAUUUGUGAUGCCAACAUAUCCGACUGGACAUACAGGUUAAAUAUUUCCUGCAAAAUCAAAAGCAAAAAUUAUAUUUUGCAAGAAGAAAAUUAAGCCCAUUUUAGGAUGAGAAGAUUGUAUUUGUCAUGUUUGUGGGCUCAAAGGGUUAGUUCACCCCAAAAAGAAAAUUAACUUACCCCCAUGUUGUUUGUAACACUUAAAAGCUUCAUUUGUCUUCGGAACACAAUUUAAGAUAUUUUGGAUGAAAACCGGUAGACUUGAGACUGUCCCAUAGACUGACAAGUAAAUUACACUGUCAAGGUCCAGGAAAGUAUUAAAAGCAUCGUCAGAAUAGUCAGGAUCUGUCAUCAGUGGUUCAACCGUAACGGUAUGAAGCGACGAGAAUACUGUUUGUACAAAAAUAACAACUUUAUUCAACAACUUGUCUCCUCUGUGUCUCUCCGCAUCACCGUAGCAUCAUUUCGGAGAAUAUCGGCCGGAUGCAUAUUCUCCAAGAUGGCGCUAGAGUCAUGCAAGGAGACGAAUUCUUGAAUAAAGUCAUUAUUUUUGUUUUCUUUGUGUACAAAAAGUAUUCUUGUGGCUUCAUAAAAUUCAGAUUUAACCACUGAUGGAAGAUGGACUAUACUGGCAAUGUGUAUUUUUUUUUUUAUAUAUAUAUAUAUAUAUAUAUAUAUAUAUAUAUAUAUAUAAUUUUCUGGACCUUGACAGUGCAUGAUACUUGGCAGUCUAUGGGACAGUCACAAUCCAAAAUAUCUUAAAUUGUGUUCCGAAGAUGAACAACGCUUGUACGGGUUUGGAACAACAUGGGGUUAAGUGAUUAAUGACAAAAUUUUCAUUUUAGGGUGGAGUAUCCCUUUAAAUAUCUUAUUCAUGCAAUAUAUAAUUUUAAGUUUCUUUAAAUAUUGUGGUGAAAUAUGACCUAGACAUGUUCUUGACAGGUUUGGUGAGAAUCACUUCCUGAGCAACUCGUGUUUAGAUUACGUUUUGUCAGAGAUGAUACUAGACAAAACGUGCAGUGAACCCAGAUGUCUGUUUUAGUUGAUUUCCUUAAGAUGAAGGAAGACUGACCAAAGUACUUCUCAAGGAAGGUCUGCUUCUUGCAAAUGGCGGUGCUUUAGACUCCCUUUCACAUUCUAAGAGUUUUGAAAUCAGGAAAAAAACAUUUGAGAAAGUGUCUUUGGGGAGGCAAAUGGAAUCAUGAAUGGAAAGACUGAUUUGAAGCAUUGAAGAUUGUAUUAUUUUAUUUAUUUUCUGAGCAUGUGAGGAUGCGGCCCAGCGUUGGAUCUGAAGACGGUGUUAUAAACUCGAGUCGUAGUGAUAGGAGGCAGUAGGCAGCGAGUUUUAGCUGUGUGCACUGAACUCUACCUCUGCAUAGAGUCCUUGUUUCUUAUUUAAUACCUCUCUCUUGCUCUUUCCAUCUGUUUCUCUGUAAUCUUUCUCAUUUUUCAUUGGAAUUUCUAAUGACAAAUUCAGAUCUUUCAGAACAUUUAUACAAUAAGUGGUUUCCUGUGAAAAAAGAAAGAAAACUGCUGUAGCUGUGAUUUUUAUUUGAUGUUCGGUCACUAAUUGUAUGCCUGUUCUUAUGAAUAAUACAUUGUUGUUGUCAUUUGUUUCUGUUCCACAGGUCAAACCCUUCUUCUGUAUGUUUUCAGUGUGUGCCAAAGGCUGAAUCCUAUCUCCUGUGUAUGAUCUUAGUUGAUUCUACUUUCUGUUUAACUAAGUGAACCCAGUCACCUGCGGCCGUCCGCCCAGGAUCUGGAGGCUACAAUGGUUGCAUGCAGUUUUUUUUUUUUUUUUUUCUCGAACUAUUAUUUUAACUGAUGCUCCCAGAUCAGAAGCAAUGUUUAGAAACCGCCACAAGAAUAAACUUUUAAAAGUUGCAAUAAAAA